AUGUCGCCCGUCACCAUCGGCACCCACAACGGCCACUUCCACGCCGACGAGGCCUUGGCCGUGCACAUGCUGCGCCUGCUGCCCACGUACAAGGACUCGAACCUGGUUCGUACCCGCGACCCCAAGCUUCUCGAGACCUGCCACACCGUCGUCGACGUCGGCGGCGAGUACGACGACGGCAAGAAGCGCUACGACCACCACCAGCGCGGCUUCACCACCACCUUCCCCGGCAAGGCGACCAAGCUCUCCUCCGCCGGCCUCGUCUUCAUGCACUUCGGCAAGGCCAUCAUCGCCCAGAAGCUCAGUGAGGGCGCCGAGACCCCCGUUUCCGAGGACAGCCCCGAGGUCGAGCUCCUGUACAACAAGCUGUACGAGAGCUUCGUCGAGGCCCUCGACGCCCACGACAACGGCAUCUCCGUCUACGACCCCAAGGCCGUCGCCGCCGCCGGCCUCGAGAAGCGCUUCAGCGAGGGCGCCUUCACCCUCGGCUCCGUCGUCGGCCGCCUGAACCCCAACUGGAACGACCCCGUCCCCUCCGACCCUGUCGAGGCCCAGCGCCUGGAGGACGAGCGCUUCGCCAAGGCGAGCCGCCGCAUCGGCGAGGAGUUUGACGCCGACCUCGACUACUACGCCAAGGCGUGGCUGCCCGCCCGCGCCGUCGUGCAGGCCGCCUUUGAGAAGCGCACGCAGUACGACCCCCAGGGCCGCGUGCUGGUUCUCGAGGGCCAGAGUGCCCCCUGGAAGGACCACCUCUACUCCCUUGAGGGCGGAAACCCGUCCGUCGUGUACGUCCUCUACCCGGAGAAGCCCGCCCCUGAUGCCAAGUGGCGUGUGCAGGCAGUUCCGGUCACCAAGGACUCUUUCGAGAGCCGCAAGCCUCUGCCCGAGGCGUGGCGCGGAUUCAGAGACGAGGAGCUCGAUGGCAUCACUGGUAUUCCCGGGGGUGUCUUUGUCCACGCUGCUGGCUUCAUUGGUGGAAACAAGACUUUUGAUGGUGCCAAGGAUAUGGCCAUCAAGGCGUUGGAUCUGUAA